AGCUCGCAGCAGGCAUGGUCGCUGACUCUGCCAUCAUCGUCUAGAUACUGCAAGCUCGCUCGAUUGAUCGAUCGCACAAUUGCGCGCUCCCAGGCGGAUCUGCAGCUUCUCUUGUUGUGGAGUACUCGACGCUGUUGCAAUUCGUGCACCUGGGGUGUGUCUCACGUCCCCAUUUCGCAACAGACCUCUUUCUGUUUCGUGCCGUUUUGGUGUUGAGCAAAAUUUGUAGAAGGGCUGCUGGAAUAUUUUAUUGUUGAAAUUUCCCAGCAUUGCUGACGUGGCAAGAAAAAUCACGCCGAGAGACAUCUAGAACCUCCCUCUCUGACCGUGAACCCAAACUGAGACUUCUUGCUUUGUUUCUUCAGUGAAGCGUAGCGCUAUCCAAGUGCUGUACAUUGCUUGCUGUAAUUCGAAAAGACUGCCGAAAAACUUUAUGGCUCGAAACCCAACAGUCCAGUCGAUGUCCAGACUCUUCGGCUUCUUCUUAUUCAGGGUCUCCUAGAAUAUAAUAGAGACAGAAGCCCUGCAUGCGGAGCCUGAAAAACUUAGCUCGGAGGGUAGCGGAGUUCAAGGCGGUGAGGGUCAAUGCCUCUGUUGUGUGUCUUCCACUUGCUUUCGAGGUGGAUAAUGGUGACUUUCAGCGUGGAAGGCGUUUGAGGAUUUGGCAAUUGGAAAACUCGAAUUUUUCUUGCAAUCAUCUUCGCUUUCCCGUUGCAGGGUGUUGUUGUUGUUGUCGCGGCUGCAGAGUUGGAGUGAGUCGGCAGAAAUGGCGGAGGCAGGGAAGCCGUUUAAUUGCCCGAUAUGCCUUGAGAUGGUCUACAAGCCUGUCGUGCAGGUAUGCGGCCACAUGUUUUGCUUCUGGUGCGUGCAUCGUUCCAUGAACCCUUCCACGGUGUCCCAUUGCCCGAUCUGCCAGAAACCAUACGUCCACCUCGCCCGCAUCGCCCCCCAGCUCCACCACCACCUGCAGCUCGCUUACCCUCUCGAGUAUGAGAGCCGCGCGCGGGAGGUCGCAGCGGAGGAGCGCGAUCAGAAUCUCUACUCUCCCUUCAUAGAGCCCGUCCCAUCGUCCUCUUGUAACCCUAAAGCCAUCCUCCGCUGCAAGGUCUGCAAGAAGCUGCUCUACAAGCCCGUGGCGAUGAACUGCGGCCACCUCAUGUGCCAAUCCUGUGCGGCAUCGGGUCCGCCCAACACUUGCCGUCUUUGUGGUGUGCAUCAUCCGGGGCCAUUCCCGCAGGUUUGCGUUGAACUCGACCAGUACAUGGAGAAGGAGUUUGGGCGAGAGUACAAGAGCCGGGGCGGCGAGAUCGGUCGCGCAAUACUAGCAAACUGGGAAUCCCGGCCCGCUGACAAUCUCGGAUCCAUGGGCAUGGUGCAGAAUAUGAUUCACCCUAGUGUGGGGUGCGAUGGCUGUGGUAUGAUGCCCAUUCUCGGCAGACGCUUCUAUUGCCUCGAUUGCCCGGAGAGUUGCGGUUAUGAUUUGUGUCAGACUUGUCAUGCUCGCGGCGCGAAUCAGCCCGGGCGGUUCAACCAGCGCCACUCGCCGUGGCACCGCAUGGAGGAGCGGUCCAAGCGAAGCCCCUGGAUCUUCGUCUGGGCCUGGUGAACCUGCCUGGGUAGUCUCAGAAUCCAACCCGCUAGCUCAUCUACGUAGAAAUCGGUCGCGGUUAGUUAGCUUAGUUAAGUGUACAGUCUGCACAUGCUCAUGAGGUUGCUCGCGCACGAUCACUCGUUACGACUCUGUGAACAUCUGUGAUUAAUGAAUCAUACUACGUCCAACUUCACAAAU